CUGAUUUUAGUACAGGAACGAUUAACAAAACAAGUCGCAGCAGCACUGACUGAAGCAGUCGAACCUGCUGGCGUUGGGAUUGUUAUAGAAGCAAAUCACCUGUGUAUGGCAAUGCGCGGCAUUCAAAAAAUAAACGCUAUCACCACUACGAGUUGCAUGAUGGGAGCUUUCAGAGAGGAUGCUAAAACAAGAGAAGAAUUUCUGAAGCUAAUCAGCAAUCAGUACCAUCACUGA